AUGUCUAUAUCUGCAAAUGCAUUUCGUUGGCUUGAUAUUCUUGAAAAAGAAUUUGAUAAAGCAUUUGUUGAUCUUGAUUUAUUACUUGGAGAAAUUGAUGAAGAUCAAUCGGAAAUUACUGAUGAUGGACGAGCACGAAUGACUACACUUAGUGCAUGUUUUGCACAGCUUACUCAUAAAUUACAAACAAUCUCAGAAGCUAAUGCUAAAUUAGAAGCACAAUUAGUUGAUGCUCGAUCCGAAAUAGUUAAUAUUAAAGCUGAUCGACAAACAUUAGAACAACAAAUCAAAGAUACAAUGGCUCAAUUACAGACAUCACAAUUAGAAUGUCAAAUAUUAAAAAAUCAAGGUGAAAUUGAAGGUGCAGAUACAAUACGAAAAAGAUUGAAUGACCAAAUAACGAAACAACGUAAUGAGUUAAAACAAAAUUUAAUACCAGAUAUAAAAGUACAUGAACUUGAAAAAGAAAAUGAAAAACUUAAAGCACAAAUUAUUAAUCUUCAAUCAGAAAUUUAUGGAUCACGUUUAGCAGCUAAAUAUCUUGAUAAAGAAUUAGCUGGAAGAAUUCAACAAAUUCAAUUACUCGGCCGUGAUUUACGUGGACCUAAUCAUGAAAAUUUAUGGAAUCAACUUGAAGCUGAAAUUCAUUUACAUCGUCAUAAAACUGUUAUACGUGCAUGUCGUGGACGAGAAAAAGUUAAUAAAACUUUAACGACACCACCCGGACAUGGUGUUGGUGAAUUACGUACAGUUAAAUUUCAUAAAGAUGCAAAAGAAGCCUUAGGUAUAUCAAUAACAGGUGGUAAAGAACAUGGUUUACCUGUUCUUAUAUCAGAAAUUCAUGAAGGUGGAUUAGCAUGGCGUUCUGGGCAACUUUAUGUUGGAGAUUCUAUACUAGCUGUUAAUAAACAUGAUCUACGUGAUACAAAACAUACUGAAGCUGUUCAAAUUCUUUCAUCUAUCAAAGGAGAUAUAACAAUGACAGUUGUAUAUGUUGCACCUGAUGAUAGUGAUGAUGAAGAUUUAACAAAUUGUGAAGAAAAUAAUCAUUUAAAAUAUAAAUUUUUUACUAAUGAAACUGAACAUAAUCCAAAACCAAAAGAUAUUGAUUCAAUUAAAAAUUUAACUAUAUCCAAUGGUGAUAAAGGAAAAAAAUUAUUAGAACAAACAGAUGGAACAGAUACUGCAAGUGUUGAUAGUAGUCAAAAAAAUACACCAUCGGUAAUUGAUAAAUAUCUUAAACAUACACGUCAAAAUUUACCUGCUAAACGUACUAAUUCAAAAGAUUAA